GUUCAGUUUUAAUCCGAACUCUGCGCGAUUCGUUUCAUCUUCUCUCCCAAGCAUCACGCAUUGGCUCUUUUUUUCCUUUAACACCAUCUCUCAAGAACACCAUUUAAGUGCUUAGAAGGUGCUUACAGGGAACAAGAAAACUUCUCUGAGGGAUCAGUGAAAGGACCAUCUGUUUCCAUUUAGUGCGUGAUCUUGGGGAAGCCCUUCGGAGUGAAAUUUUGAAAUGAAAAAGAAGUUGAGAAACUAAAAGUGGUGAAAAGUAGACUCAGUCAGCCAGCCAGUGUGGCCCACUGAAAUGGCAUUUGACCUCUUGGAUUAUUGAGGAGUACCAGUUAUUUUUUGUGUUGUUGUGUGAACACCUUCCGUGGUGCUUUCAUCAGUGAUUAUGUCAUUGACAUCAAUUUCAUUCUCCCAUUGAGCGAUCCAAUGGACGAAAAGUCCAUAAACCAUUGCCCAAUGAGUUACUAAGUGCUGCAUUUAACUCUCCCAAAGACACAUCAUUUUCUCGUGCGAUUUUCUCAGUGUGGACACGGGGCAUCUUUCGCGGGUAAAUUACACGAAAAUAAAAAAAAACUAACAGCAGUUUCCAAUUAAUUUCUUCACAUAAGUGGUAUACAUACAUAGAAUGCUCCUCAAUCAACAAGUUUAAUUGCACAUAGCAAGAAUACUAAAAAAUAAGUAGGAUAGACGCAUCGAAAGUUUUGCUGUAAAAUGAGUUGCAAAGCAAAAUUAUUUGUGAUCUUUUCACUGUUGACACUGCUAAGUGUGACGGUGAUCGCUGAAGAUGAUGAUUUGAUGGAUUUUGAAUUUGAAACACAAACUCCCACCAAUGACUACGAAUACGUGGACGAGGGAGUUGAGAAUACAUACCGAAAUACACUGAUGGACGACUUGGAUGAUGUGAAAACGGAGUCAGAGCAAAUGGCUGUGAAUUUUCGCACGAAAGAGCAGAAAGUGAGAGUGGCUCUGACAAAGGCGUGGGCUAAUAUGAAAUUGCGCCAAAAAUUUGCUGAAAUCCUCCCAAUUUUGCGGAUGCUGUCGCAUCAGCAACGAACGGCAUUUGCUGCUCUAGUUUCAGCACAAGUUAGCGCCAAGCCGGGGAUGGAAUUGAAUCUCAAUCAGGUGAAAAGCAUGUUCGGUGACCGGAAAGAUUUGAUAUUGCCGUUGAUUCUUGAUAUGGCAAAUCUCAUACGUUUCGCCACAACAACCGCACAGUACAAUACCUAUGACACUUUCUUCGAGAAUGAACCCAUUCCGCAUGCGCAACUUCUUCGCCGGAGCCUCACUCAAUCAACUAUGGAGGAAAGUGAUGCGCAAAAUGAGGCCAUUGAAACAAUUCUCAAUACCACAGACCCAUUGCCGAAUCCUAUGCUGAACAUUAGAGACGAUCGAUUGUCCGUUGAGGAUGAUGAUGGUGUGAUUGUGGCAACUGAUGGGCAAAGGAGUCCAAGACAGAGUGAAUCUAGGGCUUUUCUUGUUAACCGAGAACAGCCACACUAUGAAAAGUUAAUUCAACUCAUUCCGAAUUUUGAUCAGAAACUCGAUUUGGAUGAACAACGAUCGACUCCUGAAACCACAGAUCCUCUGGUUGAAGAUCCUCAACCUCUGCCCAUCACUCUGACAAGGGCAAGUCCUACUGAAAAGAAUCUAACGCUCGAAGAAAUUGAGCAGUUGGCUUUUGAAUCUCUAAAUGGAACUGACACAACUGAUUUACCAUCAACGCAAUCUGAUGAAAAUCUCCCAACUCCUGAAAAGCUAAUUGGCAGGAAUAGGUAUCGAAAGAAGCCUCCACCACCGUUUUUAUUCAGGAAACCUCCACACAUUAUUUCGCGGGGAUGUGAGAAGUUUACUGGAAAUAUAUGCUUGAAAGUCGAUGACUAUCCUAUGGAUCAAAUUAUGGGAAGUAUCAGAAGGCAUUCCUAUGCUAUGAAUGCUCUCCUUGCUGAGUACAGCGAUAAAGCCGAAGAGGGAGAUGAGAGCCUAUCAGAUGAUCUGCUUUACGAAAGUAAAAGGAGAGAAGACGUUAAUGCUGAUCAACCUGGAGCUAUGUGCAACAGCGUUAUUCGCUAUGCUAGACCACAGAAAGCUCGAUCUGCAACUGGAGAAUGGAAGUACAUUGUGAAUACGGGCAAACAUACGCAGACGCUGAGAUUGGAGAAGUGCAGCAAUCCACAGGAGAGCUGCACAUACCUCACGGAGAACUUCCGUUCUAGAUGUAUUCAAGUCUUCAACUACCAUCGACUUCUUAGUUGGGACAAUACACGUGGUCUUCAUGUGGACAUCUUCAAGGUUCCCACUUGCUGUUCGUGUCGAAUUGAUGGCUACAGGGAUGCCUACCCACCGCUAACUACUGCCCCCAAUCAGUAUUCUUCGUACAAAGAUACAACAACAAAUCUCUUUGGUUCGAAUUCACGAACAAAACCAUAUACAACCAUCAAUGAGAACCUCAAUGACUACGAGGAUGAUGAGGAUUUUGAAGAUGACGAAGAUGAUGAAGAUGAUGACAUCGCGUAUCAGUUCGGAGAUGGUUUCCAGCGAAUUCGAAAGCCGCCAAAGAGCAGCAUCCUAUCCAGUUCUAGUAAUUCUAAGCUUCGCGUUGAUCACAUAAAGGUUCCGGGGAGUCCUCCGUUGACGCUUCAGGUUAAUACACCCCCUGAGCCCUAUCUUAGUCCUCCACUCAAUGAAUUCGGCGAAUUGGUUUCAUUCAAACGAGGUCCAUUUACGGGAAAGCGUCGCAAGAGACCCCUAAGUCGCAUUGACACCCACGAUCAGCAUCUAUCGGGGAGUGUGACACAAUACUUGGAAGUCACUGUGCCACCAACAAUUCCCACCAUAAUCACAGAGCGCCCCAAAAGGCGAACCACAUCUGCCACAACAACGAGAUCAAGUCAGGAUACCAAGAUCACCCCACGGCUCCCCAAUGCGGGCUUUGAAACACAAACCGGAAGUAGUCGUGUUAACUACAACUAUCACCCAAUAAUUGAAUUCUUCGAGAAUGGGUCUGUGAAGGGAGGUGUGGAAGUGCCACAGGCCACAGCAUCCGGAAAAGAAUCGCGAAUUGGUGCAAGUAGUGUCGGCAGCGAUUGGCAACCGAUGAUCAAUGGCAAAAAGCGGCUGUGAAUGCCGCAAAAUUAGUUUUUUCUUUCGCUCCUAAGUUUGUAAUUUAUUUUUCGUAUUUAUUCUUUUGGUGAAAAAUGCAUGUGUGGAAGCCAAUAAAAAAAGAAAUGUGUAUAGAA